UUUCUCAAUAACAUUUUUUUGGAAAAAUGAGGGAGAUGAAAAUGUGACUCUCGCUCGCUCCAGUUGGAAAUGGAUAAGAAUAUUUUUCUCAUUCUUUUUCUUCAUUAUAUGCUGAACGGUUGAGCUCUGGUGUUGUGUAUUGCAUUUGUGAAUUAUUUACAUAAAUUAGGUAUUUUCUUAUAAAAUGUCGGAUAUUGAAAAGUUUUUUAAACAAGCUGCUAUGCAAGUUGGAGCUGGUGGAAGUGCAGGGUUUGUAGAAGUUUGUAUAAUGCAUCCAUUGGAUUUAGUAAAAACAAGGUUGCAAGUCCAAACUACUGUAUCUACAAAAUCAACAUUAGAUCCUCAUUACUACACUGGCGUCAUUGACUGUUUGAAGAAAAUGUAUAAACAUGAAGGUGUUACCUCUUUUUAUAAGGGUAUUUUGCCGCCUAUCCUAGCAGAGACACCGAAAAGAGCAGUGAAGUUUUUAACUUUUGAACAAUACAAAAAGUUUUUUAUGUUUGGUUCCAGCCACCCCACUCCUAUAACCUUUUCUCUUGCUGGGCUUGGAGCUGGUAUUACAGAAGCAAUACUAGUUAAUCCAUUUGAAGUAGUAAAAGUAACAUUACAGUCUGACAAAUCAUUAAAAAGUGAAUUGCCAAGCACAUGGUCAGUUACUAGGAAGAUUGUUAGGGAAAAUGGUCUGGGUUCUCGAGGAUUGAACAAAGGCCUUACAGCAACAAUAGCAAGAAAUGGUGUCUUUAACAUGGUCUAUUUUGGAUUUUACCACAGUGUCAAAGGAAUUGUUCCCGAGAGUAAAGACCCACUACUGGAGUUUGGUCGAAAAGUCCUUAUUGGCUUUACAUCUGGAGUUCUUGGAUCAGUCAUUAACAUACCGUUCGACGUCGCUAAAAGUCGCAUACAAGGCCCACAGCCAGUGCUUGGAGUUGUAAAAUAUAAAUCUACUAUAGGAGCAAUUUCGUUGGUGUAUAAAGAAGAAGGAUACCGUGCUCUUUAUAAGGGUUUACUUCCUAAGGUGCUUCGACUAGGCCCUGGCGGUGCUAUAAUGCUUGUUGUUUAUGAUUACGUAUAUCAUUUUUUGGAAACUCGUUUUAAUUAAUUUAAUUUUGAUAUGUGACAAAUACAUUUUGUUUCUUACUGUGCGAAAAAAAAUAUUAAGUCGUAUUUGUGGGAUAAAGUAAUUUAAAAUCUUACAUAAAAACAAAAUAUAUUUUUAAUAUUAUAUACUUCACAGUUUAAGACUAGGUACAUAAGUACAAAAGUUUUACAGAUGUAAUAAGUAAAUAAUAAAAUUUUAAAUAUACAUAAUAGCAUAUAAUGUAAAUUGUAUUUAAAUGAACAAAUGAUGAUAAUGAAAGUAAAUACCUAUGUUUGAAGUAUAUAUAACUAUUUCUAUCAAAAUGUGCUGUAAUAUUCCACGUGUUGUUUACACAUCAUUUAUCAAAAAGAAAAUAAAGAUGUAAUAUUUGUAUGUAGGAACUACCUAAUUUCAGAAUUUAAACAGCCUUUGUAGUUAAAGUAUUGUGCCUUAAUGCUUUAGAAUGACAUUGUUAUUACUACGAUUCGAAAUUAAACUUCUAUACUUCGUUUGUAAAAAAAACGUCUGAGAAUAUUAUCACUAAUACUAUAUAAAGUAUUGCAUAACAUAUUUACUGUGAUAAGUAAAGGAAGUAACACAGAUAUUAAGAUAUUUUUAGAUGUUAUAACAUGAGUGAUGUUAAAGUUUAAGUGACUAGUUUGGGCUGGUUUUAAUGAGCUAGUUCAGUAAUCAUAUCGAAAACAGUAUUUAUUAUUUUGAAAUUGCAUUUCACGCAUUUAUUAAAUUAAUCAAUAAUAUUUUCAGGAGUGCUUCCAACCAAAUAAAAUUUUGUGCUAUUUAAUUGUUAUAUACUUAUGUAAAAAACAAUAUUGCUUAUAUUUUCUAAAUGCAUAAUAUUUUAUAACACAGAUUUUUAAUUAACUAUAUUUAUAAAUAACCAGAGUAGUAAUACGUAAUUUUCCAAUAUACAUAAACAAUCGGUAACCUUGGAGAAUCUAUAAUUGAAAAUGAAUGAAACACCUAACACAAAUAUUUCUCUAUCGAGUGUGGACGUGGUCAGCAGGUCGCAUUCUAUAUCUACACUUUUUGUGUAUGUAGUACACACAAAAAGACACUUUUUGUGUGUGUAGUACACACAAAAAGUGUAAAUCUCUAGAUACCAUGUAACAAAAAUCUUUCAUAAAUGGUGAAAACUUAACUUAAUUUACUUAUGAUAUUGUGAAUUUAUUUGUAAGACAAAAAUGAAUUAAACUUUAUCAUAAUCAAUA